AUUCUCUCCUAAUUAUGUGGUUUGGUUCCUCACGGCUCAGAGAAAAACUGGUUGAUUUGAUGAUACACUGAAUCAUUUGCGGUAGAGUGGUGAUCAUUAUACGCAACGAUUGACAGCUUUCGAUCAACUUUCGGAGCAUAGUUAAGAGCCUCGGGAAGCAGCCUCUAUAUUUUCUCUGAGACAGAGCUAGAAGAAUGCCUAAGGUGAAAACAAACCGUGUUAAAUACCCAGAGGGAUGGGAACUUAUUGAACCUACUCUUCGUGAAUUACAGGGAAAGAUGCGCGAAGCUGAGAAUGACCCACACGACGGGAAGAGAAAAUGUGAGGCGUUGUGGCCUAUCUUCAAAAUCGCACACCAGAAGAGUCGCUACAUCUACGACCUUUAUUAUCGCAGGAAAGAAAUAUCAAAGGAGUUGUUUGAGUUUUGCUUGGAUCAAGGGUAUGCUGACCGUAAUAUCAUUGCCAAGUGGAAGAAGCCUGGGUAUGAACGACUAUGCUGUUUAAGAUGCAUUCAACCACGUGAUCACAACUUCCAGACGACAUGCGUUUGCAGAGUCCCCAAGCACCUGCGUGAGGAAAAGGUAAUUGAGUGUGUGCAUUGCGGUUGCAAGGGUUGUGCAAGCGGAGAUUGACCACUUUAUCUUGCGCCAAACGUUUGUAUGAGUGACUGCAAGUGUUUUAUCCGUUAUCAUCAUGUGUUGCUGUCAAACCUAACCUGCUUGAGUAUUGUUAAACAGGCUUAACAGUCUGUUGGGUAUUAAAUGGUCAUCAUUUAUGCUCAUGUGCUUGUAAAAUAAACCUGAAACCGACAGUUUGACCUUCAUGAAUUCGCAAUCAUUCUGUUGGUAUAUGCAUGUUUGUUGAGAGGAGCUAAUCUAUAUCCGUUUAAUCAUGAA